AUCUUUGCUCAGUCCAACGUGGUCCCUUCACCCGGGCUCCGCUCUUGCCUUCUCCACACUUGUUUGAUUUAUGAGGAAUCCAAGAUGAAUUUGGAGCAGGAGAGGCCGUUUGUCUGCAGUGCCCCAGGCUGCUCCCAGCGCUUCCCAACAGAGGACCAUCUGAUGAUUCAUAGGCACAAGCAUGAAAUGACUUUGAAGUUUCCCUCAAUAAAAACAGACAAUAUGUUAUCAGAUCAGACUCCAACCCCAACGAGAUUCCUGAAGAACUGCGAGGAGGUGGGGCUCUUCAAUGAGCUGGACUGCUCCCUUGAGCAUGAGUUCAGGAAGGCUCAAGAGGAAGAGAGCAGCAAGCGGAAUAUCUCGAUGCAUAACACCGUUGGUGGGGCCAUGGUGGGGCCUGGAGCUCACCAGCUUGGCAGCACCCGGAUGCCCAACCAUGACACCAGCGUUGUGAUUCAGCAAGCCAUGCCGUCACCCCAGUCCAGCUCUGUCAUCACACAGGCACCUUCCACCAACCGCCAGAUCGGGCCUGUCCCAGGCUCUCUAUCUUCUCUGCUCCAUCUUCACAACAGACAGAGACAGCCCAUGCCAGCCUCCAUGCCAGGGACCCUGCCCAACCCUACAAUGCCGGGCUCUUCUGCCGUCUUGAUGCCAAUGGAGAGACAAAUGUCAGUGAACUCCAACCUCCUGGGAAUGCAAGGUCCAAAUCUCAGCAACCCCUGUGCUUCUCCCCAAGUCCAGCCGAUGCAUUCGGAAGCCAAAAUGAGGUUGAAGGCUGCGUUGACUCACCACCCUGCUGCCAUGUCAAAUGGGAAUAUGAACACCAUGGGACACAUGAUGGAAAUGAUGGGGUCCCGUCAGGACCAGACGCCACACCAUCACAUGCACUCACACCCACAUCAGCACCAGACACUGCCAGCCCAUCACCCCUACCCGCACCAGCACCAGCACCCAGCACACCAUCCUCAUCCUCAGCCCCAUCACCAGCAGAACCACCCACAUCAUCACUCCCACUCCCACCUUCAUGCACACCCGGCACAUCACCAGACCUCGCCACACCCACCCCUGCACUCCGGCAACCAAGCACAGCAGGUUUCACCAGCGACACAACAGAUGCAGGCCACCCAGACGAUACAGCCGCCUCAGCCCACAGGGGGGCGCCGGCGAAGGGUGGUGGAUGAGGAUCCUGACGAGAGGCGGCGGAAAUUUCUGGAACGGAACCGGGCAGCCGCCACCCGCUGCAGACAGAAGAGGAAGGUCUGGGUGAUGUCACUGGAAAAGAAAGCAGAAGAACUCACCCAGACAAACAUGCAACUUCAGAAUGAAGUGUCCAUGUUGAAAAACGAGGUGGCACAGCUGAAACAGCUGUUGUUAACGCAUAAAGACUGCCCCAUAACAGCCAUGCAGAAAGAAUCACAAGGAUAUCUAAGUCCAGAGAGUAGCCCUCCUGCAAGCCCCGUCCCCACGUGCUCUCAGCAGCAGGUCAUCCAGCAUAACACCAUCACCACUUCCUCGGCCGUCAGCGAGGUGGUAGGAAGCUCCACCCUCAGUCAGCUCACCACUCACAGAACAGACCUGAAUCCGAUUCUCUAAAAUCCGAGGGUCAGACCUUGCCUCCAAGGAGAGCUGUCGCAUAUCCUGCGUCCUUUCUUUUAAGGGCAUUUUUAGAAUUAACUCAGACCUGGAAGACUCCUCAGCCCUUCAAAGACUGGCUUUCAUUUUUAUAGUUAUUAUGGAAAUGUUGUCUUUUAUACUCAGUUAUAUAAGCAAAAAAGGGAGUUAUGCAAUUAAUAAUCUAUCAGCUUGGGAAAUGCUUUGGUGCUUUUCUCCAAUUUUCUGGUACCAGUUACUUGUUUUAAACUGAACUCUUUCUGUAUAUAGUCAUGGUUUCAUUCUUAUCAGUCCAACCCUUUGCCUGAAACGUUGAAUCUUGUUAAGCCACAGCUUUUAGCCAAAAUGAGGCAUACCUAGAUGUCCAGUAUACAGACUGCAAGGCAACUGGGGGAGAAGUCUGAUGAUGUCAUAGCUUAUGUUGAGUUGGUGCUAUGAUGUCACCAGAAUCCCAGAUUAAUGGAGAGCCUUUUCCACAACCCUGUUUCUCUUACUAUAAAAAAAGUAUAAGCUCCACUGAUGUCCAAAUAAAAUCAGCAAGCAUCUCACCACCUCUCCUCCUACUCUUGGUCCACUUCCUUGAAUGCCCAAUUUUCCUUUCCAUUUCCACUUUUACCUGGGCUCCCUAUUGACUCUUUAUUUUUACUUUCUGUUUUAUUUUUUCCCCUUUAGCGUUGCAUGCAAAGAAGAAAAUAAUGUUUAAAGGAAAAAAAAAAAAGCUAAUGUGGACCUAGCCAUGGCUUCCCUUGCCCCUGACCCAUUCAACUCUUGCUUUUCACAAAAGAGUAACCGGGAGAUGUUUAAUGUGCCUGGUUUAAUGUUGUUAAUAAUCAGAGCAAAUAAAAGGUGGCUUAGCCAUAGGUGAAGCACCGUUGAAUGCCAGCUGUGGAGACACUAGGGAAGGGAGCUUUAUAAGCUUCAAUUGUGGGAGUCCAAAUUAUGAUGCAGAGCUAGAACAUCAUACCCUCGAAUUACAACUGGUUUUAUAUGGCCUGUCUAUAAUGUUGAAAAUCCAUGUACUAUAUAAUAAUUCAGAAGGGCUCUGUUCACUACACAGAUUAUGUUGUUCAAUCAUUAGCUGCUAAUAGCCUAAGAUAUAUUAUUAUUUUUUUCUUAAGCCUAUGGAACCGUCUUUGCUGUUCUGGUGGGUGAAAGUAGACGAACUACUGGAGGAACAGAGAGAGAAAGAAAACCUAAUGUUUCCAUGGAGGUGCUUUCCGCCCUCCCACAGCAGUUAAGGCACUCUGGCUGCUCAAAGUAUCCCCUGGAUAUGGCUACUCCACUCUUCUGAAUAAUUCUGAUUUAUACUUUCAGCAACUUUCCUGGACUUGCCCAUUAUAAAGAGCAGAUAGUCCGAACCACAGUUGUGCCUCCUUGAAACAAGCCAUUCUACUGUGCUAAGGUUUUAAUAUCACAUCUCACAAAUAACUGGGGCUAAUGUUCUUCUCUAGUUGUCUAGGCAGGUGCUGGUGUUUCAUCUCCAUUUGAAUGCUUGACCUCCAAACAUGAGUGUGUGUGUGUGUGUGUGUGUGUGUGUGUGUGUGUGUGUGUGUGAGAGUGAGAGAGAGAGAGAGAGAGAGAGAGAGAGAGAGAGAGAGAGAGAGCGCGCGCAAGAUAAUGGGAUUUAAAAAAGUAGUAUUUUACAAAAGGUGUAGCUUUUAUAAGAGUUCGGAAAAGGGAAGGAUGUGGUUUUUUUUCUCUCAGUAUAGUGUAAGAAUCUAUUUUGGAGAAAAAAAGAAAAUAUAAGGGUUAUGAAGCAUGGUUUUUAUAACUAGUUUCAGUUUUAUCUAAUAACUUACUUUUUAAAUCAAUAUUUAUCAACAAUCUUUUCAUGUAUGCAGUGCUUUCAAAAAGAAAGUUUUGAGUUUCCAGGGAAACGCAUAACUUGGAUAUAUGAUCUAAAAAAUCAAAACAAAAGCAAAAAAAAAAAGAGAAAAAAGAAAAAAAUGCAAACAAGAAAAGGAUUUUCUAUUAUAUUUUAGACAAACAUAUCAUUUUGAAGUAUUUUAAAUACUGAAUUCAGUUAUUUUGUUUCGUUUUGAAUCCCAGCUGUAAUAGCUGAAUGGUUUAACCUAACUGGCUUCCUAAGAAGUUUAAGAUUUAGCUAAAAAAGCAGUUAACAUUCUUGUCUCUAUUUUGAAAUCAAAAAUAAUUUUUUCUAAACUCCUUCCUAGGACCAUUUAUGUGUCCCUCUAAAAAGGAGAAAGAGCUCAUUGAAAUAUUUGGGUAUUUUAAUUUUUUAAUUUUUAAAAAAUUUUUGUUUUGCUUUAAGUGAAAAAUAUUUUCUUUCUUUACUGCAUGCAUAGCACUUAAUGAAAUGGAUUUUUAAAAAAUCCACUGGUGAUAUCAGAAUGUCCAAGGAGCGGGCUGUCACUAAAAUUAUGGUUUACUUUACUUCUGUUCCACCUCUUAAUUGAAAUAUUUAGUUGUUAAACCAAAAGCCUCUGCAGUUAAGAACUUGCCUGAGUUUUAAUUCAGCAGCUUGACGGUUUGACUGACGUGCAUUAUAGAUAGCUCAAUUAUGUCUGUUUUUUAUGCUAAGAAGGCAAACCACCACACACAGGUUAGCAAACGGGCCUCCACGUAUAAUUAGAAUAAACUUCUUCUUAUACUCAGGGCCUUUAGGUAUGUUCAUUAGCAGUGUGGAAAUACAGUGAAUGGAGGAUGCCAGCAAGUUGUCAGAGCUUCUUGAAAUCCUUAACAGAAAGGCUCAUUGGUCAAAUCCAACACUCGACUUAUCAUUAUUAAAUAUUUCACUUGAAGGCCUAGCUUUCACCAGACUGUAGAAUAAUGUCUGCCUGAAAAUCUCUCCAUUCUUGUCCCACACUUUUUGCCAAUCUGGGGAAACAUUCUGCCCCGUUCUCCUCUCCCACCCAGCUACUGGGUCAUCCAUCCAUACGGUCACAGAUCAGUUGCAAUGACCUUCAGAGCACCCAUCCUGAGGAGGGAGGGCCCGCAGCGCAGCACUGCCUCUCCUCGUUCACAGGUGGGUUUCUGUCAGCAGGAUCUGCUUCUGAAGUCACUGCCAACCUGCCUGGAAACUUCCACAGCGCCUCCCCUGCCUCCUGUGACAGGAAUUAGCAGCCAAGAUAGGGACACCUGAUAGCGUUUCUACCAGGUCAGUCCUUACCUACACUGAGGCAUUCCCAUCUUAAUUGUUUCUCCUUAAGACAUUUCUGAACAUAUGCCAGGACAGGUAGAGUGAAAAUCCUCCCUGUGCAUGAAUGGACUCGUUUUAACGCCUGGCGUGAGGUCGGAUGUUUUCCCUUUACCCUUCCCCGCAGCCCUCUCCUAUCUCCACAUCAGUGUUUGCCAGUCACAGUCUUAACACGGCCCAUGGGGACGAGCAAUUUGUGUACUGUCACUGCAUGCCUUCUUUUCAUUAGGGUGACUUACUUGGAGCAGUUGCUCUUUGGAGCCUGUCAGGUCCAAGAAAUCAAAUGCAGUGCGUGUUCCGAAUAGAGGGGCAUCCGUGGUGAAUGUGCAGGUGGCUGUGGUCUGUUAGUUCAGAAAAUUGUCGUGUGCUAGUUGAGCUUGUCAUUAAAAGUCAACCAGCUGCCAUAAAAGACCAGCCUUUGGCUGAGGGGGUUUUUAAGCAUCUGUAACUGCUAUAAACCUAGCCAUCCAGUUAGGAUAGAAUGUGCUUCUUUCUGGUUAAUAAAAAACCAUCUAAGAAAAUAUAUAUGUAUGUAUGUGUGUAUACAGUGGAAUUCAAGGACCAAAGCAAAAUUUGAACAGGAAUCUAUUAAUUUAGAAUUUUAUAAGAUAUUUAUUAAUAAAUGUUAUUUUUAAACAUUCCAUUUGAACAAUAUUCUUCUGUAGGAUCUACUUGUUUUUAAAGGAUUAGUUCAUAAUAAACUACUCUAGUUGUGUGUA